AUGCGCCUCUCCAUGUUCUCCCUGGUGCUGUCAGCUGGUUUGCCCCUGAAUUGCAUGGCUGCCUGGUUUUUGUUGUGCCAGAUCAGGACCAAGAGCAUCCUCAGCAUCUACAUGAUAAACAUGGUGGCCACCAACCUCCUUCAGAUUUUGACCAUUCCGUUCUGGAUCCACUAUACCUACCUGGGACACAGGUGGGUUUUAGGGAGGGAGACCUGCAUAGCAAUUAGCUUUCUGUUCACCACGAAUUUGUACGCCAAAGUUGCCUUUCUGUGCCUUAUUGCCAAGGAGCGCUAUUUCAACAUCGUUUUCCCCAUGCGUUGUCAUGGCCUGGGCACUGUAAGCAUUGCCAUGAAAAUCAGCUUCUCUGCAUGGAUGUUUACAGUUUUCUUUUGCAUCUUGGGAUCCUACCUAAUAUAUGAAGAAAAGGAAGAGACUGAAUUCUGCUACGAAGGCUAUCCCGUUACACAAAAGUAUGCUCUGUUCAAAAUGUACACCAUGUUCUUCUCCUUCUUUGGACCACUUGGACUGAUAGCAUUUUUCUAUGGCAGCAUCCUGUACAAAGUCAGAGAAAUGAGAAAUUUGGAGACAAAAAAAGAAGUCUACGGAUGUAUUCUUCUCACUAUGGUGACAUUCAUUUUGGUCUUUGGACCCUAUCAAGUGACAUCCUUCCUUAAGAAUUUCUUGGAAAGUAGAAAGAGGGAAUCAGAUUUCUGUGCAAAAGAGGAAGCACUUUUUCUUCCUAGAGAGAUCUCUUUAUGUAUGAUGACUCUUGGCAACAUUCUAGAUCCUGUGCUUUACGUCUUACUCAUAAAAAGCACACGAGAUAAAUUUAUAGCCUCAUGUAAAUGUUUGUGUUUUUUCCAUCAGUAA